GUUAUUCCGUGGGUCUGCAGUGAGGAGUCAGAAGAGCGUCAGUCUGCUCCACAUCUCCGCUUUGACAGCUACCACUUUCCUCUCUGGCAUCCCACGAAUGAUUGGAUUCUUGUGAGGAUUUUGGGGAAUCUGUGGAAGGAAACGAAACUCCCCUCGUCUGCUGAAGAUGACAGCCUGGAGGAAGGCUUACAGACUUUGUGAAAGUUUUUGGUUUAACUUUGGAAACACGCACCUAAAAGCAGUUUAGAUCACUAAAAGUUUGUUUUUUAUUUCAUAAAUUUGAAUCUUUUUCGGUUGAUGUGAGGAGAGACAGUCAGGUCACAGACCGUUAAGGACUCUAGGGGAGGAUUAUAAGAAGCAGCAACUUCUUCCACCCUGCGGCUGCGCUCCAGUCGCUGCUGCGCGCGCCAGAAGAUGGAGAGUAAAAUUAACGGAAAGCUGGGCGCCCUCGGUACCCCCUCCAUCGCUGAUUCCACCGAGUCCAGAGUAAGUGGCUUGAUCGAGGCGGGCUUCAGCAGGUCCGGUGCUAAGUUAUCCGCCGACUCGCGCUCUCCAGGCGGCCUCUCCUCCGUGCGUAAUUUUGGGAACUCCGGCGCGCUGAUCCACGGCCUGAGCUCCAGCGGCGACUGCGCAGUUUUUAAAGACUGUAACGUCCUUGAUGCGUCCAAACAGUUCUAUGAGCGCAACAGCGAGUUUCUGAAAAGUGAAAAUGCUCCGUGGGAGGAUUUUGUCAAGGUGCAGCGCGCGGCUGCAGGCGGCGCAUCCGAAACUUUACUAGGCUCGAGCUCCGCAGCCUGUAAGCUGAUUAAGGACGAGAAGGAGCCCUCUGUGAUCAUGGACACCCCCUGCUCCAGCUUUGACCCAUCACCAGAGAUAUCUGCGCUCGACAUCUGCUGUGACGGCGACAGGAAGCAGCACCUGGCGCUCGGAGAGGGCGAGCAGGCGGGGUUCGGUGCCGCCACGGCGGUGGUCCGGCCGGGGCUGGACGGCUCCCCGAACUUCCUGAUCGACCUGAACCGCUCGGAUCAGCUGCUGAGCCCGGCGAGGACGGACUCCAGGUGCGCUCUGCAGGUCGGGAAAGCCGCCGUCAGCUUCGACUCCAACGUGCAACAGGUGAUGUUCAAGACGGAGGGUGCGCGCUGGCAGAUGCAGAGCUCCCCGGCUGAGCCGCAGUUCUGGUGCCAGUCCGCAGGGACGAACGAGGAGACCUUCACAGCCAGCAGCUACGAUGGGAUCCAGAACCAGAGCCUGACCCAGAGGAACCCAUCACCCUUCUCUGGAUUCCCAGGCAUGCAGCCUCAAAGAUUGUGCGUAAUUUGUGGAGAUGAGGCGUCUGGUUGCCACUAUGGAGUCCUCACAUGUGGCAGCUGUAAAGUCUUUUUUAAAAGGGCAGUGGAAGGCCAUCACAGCUACCUCUGCGCCGGGCGAAAUGACUGCAUUGUGGACAAAAUUCGGAGGAAAAACUGCCCCGCUUGUCGCCUACGAAAGUGCUACCAAGCUGGAAUGAUGCUGGGAGGCAGAAAACUGAAGCGUUUCGGAGCCUUGAAAGCGUUGGGUUUGGCCCCGUCCCUCAUGUUCCAGUCCCACUUGGCCCUGUCCGGGGACGGUCAGGCCCUGACCUCCAUGUCCUGCAUCCCGGGCAUCCACGAGAUGCAGCUCUCCCAGCAGAUCAUCAACAUCCUGGAGAACAUCGAGCCGGAGAUCGUGUACUCGGGUUACGACAACUCGCAGCCCGAAGUCCCCCAUCUUCUGCUCAACAGCCUCAACCGGCUGUGCGAGAAGCAACUGCUGUGGAUCGUCAAGUGGUCCAAGUCUCUGCCAGGGUUUCGUAACCUUCACAUCAACGACCAGAUGACCCUGAUCCAGUACUCUUGGAUGAACCUGAUGGUGUUCUCUCUGGGGUGGCGCUCCUUCCAGAACGUCACCAGUGAAUUUUUAUAUUUUGCACCUGAUCUGAUCCUCAGCCAGGAGCAAAUGAGGAGAUCUCCAAUUUACGACCUCUGCCUCGCCAUCCAGUUUAUUCCUCAGGAGUUUGCCAACCUUCAAGUCACCCGGGAGGAGUUUCUGUGCAUGAAAGCCAUCAUUUUACUGAACACCGUGCCUCUCGAGGGGCUCAAAAGCCAGGCAGCCUUUGAAGAAAUGCGUCAAAACUACAUCCGGGAGCUGUCCAAAGUCAUCCACCUGAAGGAGAAGGGCGUGGUGGCCAGCUCCCAGCGCUUCUACCAUCUCACCAAACUGAUGGACUCCAUCCACGAUAUCGUGAAGAAGGUCAACCUGUUCUGCCUGAGCACCUUCAUCCAGGCCGACGCCAUGAAGGUGGAGUUCCCAGAGAUGAUGUCGGAGGUCAUUGCCUCCCAGCUUCCUAAGGUUCUGGCUGGCAUGGUGAGGCCCCUGCUGUUCCACACAAAGUGAUCCCACCGUCCCAGCGCCGCGGCUGGAUUAUCGCCUUCAGAAUACUGGAUUAUUCACGUUUGUUAAGCCCUUCUCUCAAAGUGAAACAGAAAUAAUUAUGUUUCUUAAAGGUAUAUUGUCAGAGAAAUAUUAUAUAACUCCAGAGGUAUUGAUCAAUAAAGUCUCCUCUGUUAUUAA